GUUUYCCAAGGUGCUUCGUGUUGAGUCAACCACGACUAGAUGUGUGUAGUACAUGAAAUAUCUUCAAGUGAUUUCAUCAUUAUCCUCUAGGUUAAGAUCAGCCUUCCUUAUAGAAAGACUGCCAGUUAGAUUGAUUCAUUCUUGUUCCAUGGAUGGUAAAGAAAACGUAUCUGAAGCCUCGUCUAACGGCUCGUGUUUGAAUAAUGAACAAUGUGCUGAGGAAAACGUACCAAAGACUGCCGCACAGCUCAAGAAAGAAGCCAAACGACAAGCUAAAUUAGAGAAAUUUGCUAAAAAACAAAGUCAGUUGGCGUCUAAUAAAGAUAGUGCUUCAAACGAGAAAAAAGAAAAGAAAAAGAAAGAGUCAUCUAAAAAAGUGUUUUUUUAUGACAAGCCUACGUUACCAGGAGAGAAAAAAGAUGUAAGUGGUGCUAUGCCUGACAGCUACAGCCCAACAUAUGUAGAAGCAGCAUGGUAUUCAUGGUGGGAAAAACAAGGGUUUUUCAAGCCAGAGUAUAGUCAUCCAGACUUGAAGGCUGGUUCUGAUGGUAUGUUCAUGAUGUGUAUUCCACCACCCAAUGUGACAGGCUCACUUCAUCUUGGUCAUGCUCUUACCAAUGCUAUUGAAGAUUGCUUAACAAGAUGGAAUCGUCAAAAUGGCAAAAUGAGUUUGUGGAACCCAGGUUGUGAUCAUGCUGGUAUUGCCACUCAGGUUGUUGUAGAAAAGAAGUUAAUGAGAGAGAGUGGACUUUCCAGGCAUGACUUGGGUAGAGAAAAGUUUAUCCAGAAAGUCUGGGACUGGAAGAAUGAAAAAGGUGAUACCAUUUACCAUCAGCAGAGGACAAUGGGAAUUGCUGUUGAUUGGGAAAGAGCAUGCUUUACUAUGGAUCCAAAACUCUCUAAAGCUGUAAAAGAGGCAUUUGUGUGUCUUCACGAUGAAGGUUUGAUCUACCGCAACAAGCGUCUUGUUAACUGGUCCUGCACCUUGAACUCAGCUAUAUCUGACAUUGAGGUUGAGAAAAAAGAGCUGACAGGUCGCACCCACUUACAAGUGCCUGGUUAUGAACAUAAAGUAGAGUUUGGAGUUCUUGUUCAUUUUGCUUAUCCCAUCCAGGAUUUAGAUGAGAAAGUCAUUGUUGCUACUACACGUCUGGAGACAAUGUUGGGUGAUACAGCCAUUGCAGUCCAUCCUCAAGACAAACGAUAUCAACACCUACAUGGCCGUUUUGCAAUGCAUCCUUUCUGUAAUCGAAAGCUCCCCAUCGUCUGUGAUGAUAUGGUGGACCCUGAAUUUGGAACAGGUGCUGUAAAGAUUACUCCAGCCCAUGAUCAUAAUGACUAUGCUGUUGGUGAAAGACAUAACCUGCCAUUUAUUAACAUGAUGGAUGAUAAUGGUUUGAUUUGUGAUAUCACUGACUUUCUCCCAGAAUACAAGAAAUUUGUGGGAUUGAAGCGGUUUAGUGCAAGGAAAGAUAUUCAACAUGCACUACAAGAGAAAGGGCUGUACAUCAAAACAGAAGAAAACCCCAUGGUAGUCCCUACAUGCAGCCGAUCUAAAGACAUAGUUGAACCUUUAAUCAAACCUCAGUGGUACGUUGACUGCACAGACAUGGCUGAGAUGGCAGUUAAGGCUGUUCGUGAGGGGGAGUUGAAGCUUAUUCCCAGUAUACAUGAAAAGACGUGGUUCAACUGGCUGGAAAACUGCAGGGAUUGGUGCAUAUCUCGACAGCUUUGGUGGGGUCAUCGUAUUCCUGCAUACUUUAUCAAAAUUAAUGAUGCUACCAUACCUGCAGGAGAGGAUACAGAUGGUAAAUACUGGGUCAGUGGAAGAACAGAGGAAGAAGCAAGGAAAAAAGCUGCAGAACGAUUUGGUGUUGCAGAGGACCAAAUCCAGCUUAGGCAAGAUGAAGAUGUGCUGGACACUUGGUUUUCAUCUGCUUUGUUUCCAUUCUCCAUAUUUGGGUGGCCAGACAAGACAAAAGAUCUACAGGCAUUUUAUCCAGGAACACUUUUAGAGACUGGCCAUGAUAUUCUGUUUUUCUGGGUGGCUCGUAUGGUUAAGAUGGGUCUAAAACUGACUGGCAAACUCCCUUUUAAAGAGGUCUACCUACAUGCCAUGGUCAGGGAUGCACAUGGAAGGAAGAUGAGUAAAUCUCUUGGGAAUGUCAUUGAUCCUGUAGAUGUCAUCAAGGGAAUUACUCUUGAGAAUCUACAUAAGUUGCUGGAAAACAGUAACUUAGAUCCAAGGGAAAUUGAACGUGCGAAGAAAGGCCAGAAAGAGGAUUACCCUGAUGGUAUACCAGAGUGUGGUACAGAUGCUCUCAGGUUUGCUCUAUGUGCCUAUACUUCUCAAGGAAGAGAUAUCAAUUUGGAUGUGCUACGUGUGCAGGGUUACAGACAUUUUUGUAACAAGCUUUGGAAUGCUACCAAAUUUGCCUUGUCUAGUCUUGGGAAUGAGUUUCAACCAAGUGAAAAGUUAGAGUUACAAGGGAAUGAGAGCUUAAUGGAUCGAUGGAUUCUCAGUCGCUUGUCAUCUGCAGAAAAGUCUUGUAAUGAAGGGUUUUCCAACUACGACUUUCCAACGGUUACUUCUGCCAUCUACAACUUCUGGCUUUACGAGUUAUGUGAUAUUUACUUGGAAUCUCUGAAGCCAGUGUUUCAAGAAGGCAAUGCAAAGACAGUCCAUACUGCUUGCAACACUCUUUUCACAUGCUUGGAGAAUGGUCUUAUUCUUUUGAGUCCUUUCAUGCCAUUUAUCACUGAGGAACUAUUCCAAAGACUCCCAAAGAGACACAAGGAUGCACCACCAAGCAUUGGUGUCACACCUUACCCUAAAGAUUUGCCAUGGAAGGAUGAAGAAUUGGAGACUAAUGUGGACCUUGCAAUGAGUAUUGUAAAAACCAUUCGCUCAAUCAGACAAGAAUAUCAUGCUAACAAAGCUAAACCUGAAGUGUAUUCCAUCUUCUCUGAUGAUUCUCUUGCAAAUGUCAUCAAGGAGUAUGCUAACACAAUUGUAGCUCUAAGUGGUUCAAGCAGAUUACAUGUGUUAUGUCAUGAACGACCUCCAGCUGGAUGUGCUGUUGGAACUGUGCAGGAUAAAUGUGAAGUGCAUCUGCUGCUAAAGGGAUUGGUUGAUAUUCCCAAGGAGAUCAGCAAAUUAGAAAACAAGAAAGUUGUUCUCGAUCAGCAGAUCCAAAAGCUAUUAGAGGCUACACAUAUACCARAGUACGAAACCAAGGUUCCAGAGAAUAUACGUCAGCAAAAUACUGAAAAGAUCAAGCAAGUUGAAACUGAACUUCAAAAGUUAAAUAGAGCUUUAGAUUCUCUAAAGAUGGCUGAAUGAAAAAUUUAAGGAAUGAGCUGCAA